GAUCGUUCACUGAUCGGAAAUGUUCCUUGGCCGGCCAUUUCCGUCUUCUCAAGAUCUGUCAGCCAUUGUCGCUCUGUUUGCCGGGUUGGGAAAGAUCUUCUAAACAGAGUUGACAUCGAUUAGUUGGAAGGAUAAUUGUACGUUGCAGAUAGCUACUACUGCUUGUUCAAACAUUUGAAAUGUACACCACAGCGUAUAGUAACCAAACAAGUUAUAGGUCGAGGGGAAGUAGAGAUUUUAGUAAUCGAAAUAGUGGAGGUACAGCAUAUUGGAAUGGUCAGCAACAAACUCAGAAAGAAUAUAAUGGAAAGAAACAAAAUCAGAAAAAAAUACCAGGAGAUUUAUUAAAGAAACCUAAUUGGGACUUAGCUACACUUCCAGUUAUUACAAAGAAUUUGUAUAUUCCACAUGUUAAUGUUUUAAAUCGAACAUCUGAAGAAAUUAAUAAAUUUCAUGCUGGGAAAGAAAUUACUGUUAAAGGAAAUAACACUCCACCUCCAAUUCAAGCUUUUGAAGAAAGCAAUUUCCCAGAUUAUGUAAUGGAGGAGAUAAAGAAACAAGGAUUUGCUGAGCCUACUGCAAUUCAAGCUCAAGGAUGGCCGAUUGCUUUAAGUGGACGCGAUAUGGUUGGCAUUGCUCAAACUGGUUCUGGAAAAACUUUAGCGUACAUCCUUCCAGCAACUGUACAUAUUAAUAAUCAACCUAGAUUGAACCGAGGUGAUGGUCCAAUCGUUUUAGUCCUUGCACCAACCCGAGAAUUGGCUCAACAAAUCCAAUCAGUAGCUAAAGAUUUCGGUUCUUCGUCAUGCAUUCGAAAUACGUGCAUUUUUGGAGGUUCUCCGAAGGGACCACAAGCACGGGAUCUUGAAAGAGGUGUUGAAAUUUGUAUCGCUACACCAGGAAGACUCAUUGACUUUUUAGAAAAGGGAACUACGAAUUUACGAAGAUGCACAUAUCUUGUUCUCGAUGAGGCUGACAGAAUGUUAGAUAUGGGAUUUGAGCCUCAAAUAAGAAAGAUAAUAGAACAGAUCAGACCAGAUCGUCAAGUUCUUAUGUGGUCAGCAACAUGGCCCAAAGAAGUACAAGCACUUGCGGAGGACUUUCUUACCGAUUACAUUCAGAUUAAUAUUGGUUCGUUGACUCUUGCUGCAAAUCAUAAUAUUCGUCAAAUCAUUGAGAUUUGUCAGGAACAUGAAAAAGAAUCAAAACUAUCCAAUCUAUUGAGAGAGAUCGGUGGCGAACGUGGAAGCAAAGUUAUUAUUUUUGUUGAAACGAAAAAGAAAGUAGACGAUAUUACAAAGUCUAUUAAACGAGAAGGUUGGUCAGCGAUUUCUAUUCAUGGUGACAAAUCACAACCCGAACGAGAUUACGUCUUGUCUGAAUUUAGAAAUGGAAAAACUAUGAUUUUAGUUGCAACCGAUGUUGCUGCACGUGGCUUGGAUGUAGAAGAUGUCAAAUACGUUAUUAAUUUCGAUUAUCCAAAUAGUUCGGAGGAUUAUAUUCAUAGAAUAGGUCGCACUGGACGUUGCCAAAGUGCAGGAACGGCUUACGCUUACUUUACUUCGAACAAUGCAAGACAAGCUAAAGAAUUGAUAUCUGUUUUGGAAGAAGCUGGUCAAGUAAUAAAUCCUCAAUUAGCAGACAUGGCUAAUUCUAUUAGAAAUCAAUUUGGGAAGGGUCGACAACGUUGGAGUUACGGUCGCUUUACCAAGGAUAACAAUUCUGGUGGAAGUCCUAGAAGUAACAAUAGCCCAACAAUAAACAGUUGGCAAAAUCAUCAGACUCAAACCAAUCAACAUCAAAGCGUUACAAAUCCAGAAAGGAUGAAUAUACGCCAACAAAAUGGUUAUCAAACCACUCGUCAGAGCACUUAUCAGCCGUCUGUUUAUCAACAACAGCCACAUCCACAACAGCAGCAGCAACAACAACAACAGCAACAACAACAGCAUCAAUCGCAUCAACAACAUCAACAACAUCAACAACAUCAACAUCAACAACAUCAACAACAUCAGCAUCACCAUCAGCAACAGCAACCGCAACAGCAGCAGCAGCAGCAUCAACAGCCGCAACAACGUCAGCCUAAUAACAAUUAUCAAGGCGGAUAUCAAUCUAAUGGUAGUGCUUGCCAACCAGGAUAUCAAAAUAAUAAUGCUCUCCGAUAUCCAAAUAGAACGGGCUAUCAAGGAAAUCGUUAUAACAGUAGGCAAAAUGGAUAUAGUGGUGGUCAAAACGGUCAAAAUGUAUAUUCAAUGCCGCCUGCGUUUAUCAUGCCAUCGGGUGGACACACCGAUUCCGGAAUUCAGAGUCUCGUCAAUAACAAGUUCUUCCAAACGAACCGACCACCGCCGAAUACAGGAGCUUGCGCUUAUCAAUCGAUGGGAUACGGCCAAUUCCAGGCUGUGCCGCCGUAUGGUUAUCCUUAUCCGCCGACGCAGGUGCAGCAGUGACGUCUUAGAUGCAAAUCAGCGGCCAUUCGAGCUAAGUAAAGUAAUUUCUCAAUUAUUCAUUUCUAUUUCACCAACAAUAUUUAUCGAUUUGUGUCGAAUGGUGGGUCUUUUUGGGUAAUAUUCUUAAUGUACUUUGUUUCUUUCGUACUCGCAUGAAAUGAAGCCGAUUUACGAGGAAACGAUUUACUUUUCCUCUCGCUCAUUUUCCCUCGCUUUCUUUUGACCAAACGGAAAAAAUUAUUUAAAAUCGAAUUGUGCGAUUUUAACAUAUAGGUUUCCGAAGGGAAAAUUCAUAAUAUUUUUUAACGAACACAGUUGAAUCGGAAAUUGUCCUACAUCAAAGCGAGAUAUUUAUAAAAUAAAAAAAAAAAUAAAUAAAAAGAAAAAAAAAGAAAAAGAAAAAAUCAAGAAAUCGAUUCGACUAGGUGGGGCUCAUUUCAAGCGAGUAUCGAGUAAUAAAUAUCUCUUUAGCGACGAUAGAUGGUAAAAAAAUCGGUUAUAUAGCUUACUGAUCGCGAACGUAGUUAACAAUGGUCACAUCUCUUUAUGGUAAUUUAACGAUAAUCUUCUCUCGCGAUAACUAUAUAUAUAUGUAUAUGAUUAUAUACAUGUAUAAACAAACAAAAACUUACCUGUAUGCUAUUCUGAAAUGCACGAAACAUAUAGAAGGGGGGGAUGGGUAGAGUCAAUAAUUUAUAAUUUAUUUAAUACUUUGCGUAUAUGCAGGUGAUGCUCUUCAAAAUGUAAGGCCUUUUGCAUAAAAAUUAAGCCGUGCACCCUUGCAAUUGAAAUACGAUAUAUAUAUAAAAAGAAAAAAGAAAAAAAAAGAAAAAGAAAGGAAAAAGAGUGAGAAACUUUAACUCAAGAUGUAACUUUCCUAAGAGACAAAAGAGAGAAUGGAAAAGUACGAUUGAGGAUAGGGAAUGGAAGGAAAAAAAAAGAAAAGAAAAGAAAUAAAAAAGGAUGUAUUAUUAUAUCAUUAUAAAAAUAUAUCGUGCUUCGAUGGAUCCUUAACGUUAUUAUACACAGAGGCAGCAAAGGGGGGGUAUGGGUUUUUAGGUGUUAGAAGUAAUUGAGCGCGUAGUCACUAUGGCUGUGCACUUCGGAACAAAGUUCGAUAUCUUAUUUUUAUAUAUAUAUAUCAAAAAUAAUUUGUUGUUAAGCCAACGAAUGAUUAUAUGAAACAUUGUUGUUUGAUGUUUAUGCAAUUGGCCACCGAGUGGUCUUGCCUUUGCGCGUCAUCGUACGGGGCACGCGUUGGUUAGCCGCAAUUCAAGAGAAUUUCAAUCGUACAUGUUUUUUAGUUUGCGUGUCGAAAUCUUUCAUCACUUUCACUUCGGGAAAAAAAAAUGAAAACGAAAAAGAAAAAGAAAAAAGCAAACAAAGGGACACUACGACAUUUUUAUUACUAAUGUAAAUGUUUGAUAAACUGUAUGAGGUAUGCCACUACCUUUAACGUAGUAGGUUAUAAGUGUAACAAAAUAUGAAGGUAAGUGUUGUAGCGUUAAAGUUACUCUAGCGAAUAUCGUAUUAGAAAUUUGCGCGACAGCAUGGGAGGCAAAUUUUGCAAACCUGCGGAUACUCGAUAAAUGUUUGCGCUCGAGGCAAAAGUAUUUGAUUGAGAUAAUAAAGGGGAAAAAAGAAAACAAGACAAAACAAACAAACAAACCAGGGAAAAGGGAGAAAAGUAAAAAGUCGAUUAAAAUAACCGAAAGGGAGAGUCUCUUGCGGAUAAUAUAUUAUCAUGAUUCAUGACAGUUACUCGCGGAAUUUCUUGUUCUAUUCUUUUUUAUUUUUUUUUCUUUCUCCCUCUUUCUCUCUCUCUCUCUCUCUUUUUCAUUCUCUCUUUAUUUUCCUUUUCAUUUUCUAUCUUUUUCAAUUUUUCUAAAAUCGCAACUCAUUACUUAAUUACGCACAAUAUUAAAAAAAAAAAAAAAAAAAAAAAAAGAAAAAAAAAGAUAAAAAAAUUAAAGAAACAUCUUGUAACUAUAGUGCUUUGCCAUUUUAUUCGAUAUCGUCAUGUCUUUAUAUUGAGAUCAUUGAUGACUUAUUUCGAAUUUGUAUUAUCGUGCCAUUAUAUCGAUGGUCCUCUUUAAUUAUUGACACGACUAUCAAUAUAAUUUUUUUUUCUUUUCUUUUUCUACGCGUUGAUGGCAAAGACUUGAAAAUCUUAGAAAGAUCUUCUCUCUGAUUUUUUUCUUUCUUUCUUUCUUUCUUUCUUUCUUUCUUUCUUUUCCAUUUCAUCGAUCUGAUCGCAUAUUGCGCGUUGAAUCGAAUAGUUAGUAUAUGAAUAGAAAGCGAAUAUUGUGAGUAUAAAAAGCUCUUAACGUUUUCGCAUAUUUGCGUGUACCCUCUGUUGAUGUUUAUUAAUUAUUUAAUUCAUUCAUUUAAUCGUAAAUGUAUUAUUUUUUAUCUUUUCAAACGAUCGAUAUAUACGAUAAAGUAAAUAUUUUAUCGUAAAUUCGUAUAUACAGUCUCCGUCCUAUAAUCUUUCGGUACUUAAUACGAUGGUAAACAUUGAAUGUAUCGAACAAAGCAUUUCCAACUGAUGUUGCGUUAUAAAAAAAUAAAUAAAUACGAAAAAUGAUAUUUGAUCUAUCCCAACAUUUAAAGCAAGGAGGAUAAUACUAAUGAUAGAAAAUUAUGAUGUUUUUCGCGAUACAAUUUUUGGUAUCGUAGGUAAAUAUCGUGGAAUUUUGAGAAGAUAGAAAUUAUACCAGAAUAUAUGUUUUCUAUUUGCUUACCUUUUAUUAAAAGUUAUUCACAACAAUCGUGUUCCCGUUUAUAGUCGUUGUGUUCGCUCGUAUCUUUCUUUUGUCUUUAACGUCAUCGAUUAAUCUCAUUUUCUUUUUUUUUUCUUUUUCUGUUUUUCUGUUUUCCUUAUCUUUUCUUUUUUUCCGAUAGUUGAUAGUGGGUGCACGCGUAAAUCUGUGAUAUGUAAGAUGUGUAGCGUAUUAAUAGAUCUACUGUUCUGUCAUGCAUGAUGAUUAAAGUAGGAGACGUAUAUCUCAUCGGUUUUUUCCUGACGUGGGUAAUACCAUAUCAUAUAUCUCGGUGACAUCCAUCGCAGCCUAUUAUUAUCAGUAAUACAGAAAUUAUGGAUAGGUAAUUUUACUGUCUAAGAUAUUGCGACAUCUGCAAGUACAUAUUGAUUCGUCGUUUAUAUAGGGAACAGUUAUUUCAGUUAGUCUUUUAAUUAUUUAGUAAUAGACGUCGUUUAGAAGUUUCACAUCUUAUAUGAUGAUUUACGAUUGUUGUUUAUAAAUUCGUGCUUGGAAAGGAAAAUAAGAAAAAAAUAAAAAAAUAAAAAAUGUCUUAGGCAGUAGAAUCAAAUGAUGGGCCCCUUACUGCAUGAUAAAGAAAGAAGUGAAAAAUGAAAAAAAAGAAAGCAGUAUUUUUGUGAAUUCAAUAUGAAGGGCGUUCAAUUGCACUCGAUCGUUUAAUAAUACUAUUAUCGUUCUCGAUUAUACGAAGAAUCAUUAUUUUUCUUCGGAUAUAUUAAAUCAUAUAUCAAGAUCUCUCUCUCUCUCUCUCUCUUUUUUUUUCUCUCUCUCUCCCUGUCUCUUUCUCUUUCUCUUUCUCUGUUUCGGACAUUACUUCGCAUAAUCGGAAACGAAUACAUUUUAGACGAUCCAGUUUAAUGUGACAACCUUUAUAUACAAUAUCUCCGACGCGUUAAGCGAAUAAUAAAGUCGGGUAAUGACAUAAUACGUCAUAUGUUUAAUUAUCAUUGAAUCGUCAUACUUGGGUAAAUUCAUACGUGAUUUUUCAUGCUUCAUUUAAGGCAAACGGUUAUUCUUUAAGCAAGAUAUUCUUUAAGUCUUUACAAAGAAGGAAUUUAAGGAUUUCUCUUCCGUAUGUCGCGUAAGGUUACAUUUUUUUUGUUGGUUAUUUCCUUUAUAUAUAUAUAUAUAUAUAUAUAUAUAUAUAUAUAUAUAUAUAUAUAUAUAUAUAUUUGUUUUUACGUUUAACAGAUUCACAUCGAUAUAUUUCUCGUGCCCUCUUUGUUAAGGAAAAAAAAGAAAAAAAAGAAAAAAAAAAGAAAAGAAAAGAAAAAGAAAAAAGAAAAGAAAAGAGAAAUCUCUAAUGGCCCAACACUAUGGCCCAUUUAAAAUAUAUUUUAAGCAUUAAACGAAUAACGCGAGUACCGUUAACGGUGGUUGCAUCUUGUACAUAUAUAAUCGGAGAGGGACGAAAACGGUCUGUAUUAUAUGACACGGUAACGAAACUUACAAAUUUUAGUUAAGUUCACAAUUAUAGAUAAUACAAAUAUUCGGUUACGUCUCUUUGCGAAAGAUACAGGAAUACGUAUGUACGUACGAAGAUCGCAUUCUUCCCCCAUUAUACAUUUUAUGGAUGAGAGCAAAAUAAUUUAAAGGGGGGAGAAAGAAAAGAGUUGAGAGGCUUCUAUUAAUUAAUAUAACCAAAGCGUUAGAAGUAUCAGAAAAAAAUAAUUAAAUCUUUGUUGAUUGUAUAAAUGUCAUCAACACAUUGUUUUUUUUUUCUUUUUUUUUCUUUUCUGUUGCUUUUGAAGUUAGAAUAAUCGAAAAGUUUCGAGUUUCUCUUUAACACAUUAAAAUCACCAUGAAAAUCACCUCUUAUCGAUUGAGUAUUGUUUAUUAUUUACAUUGAGUUAUUUUAUUAUUUAUAUUAUUUUUUUAUUGAUGAAUCUCAGUUGAAUUUGAUAUAAUUUUGCAUUAUUUACAAUUAAUGCAUGUCGGGUAUAGGUGAUAUAAAUGGGUUAAUAUAUUUACAUUUUUAAUGUACUAAGGACCACGUUUAUUGUAAUAAAAGAAGCAUAAUAUGUCGAGCAAAAUGCAGCAAUAAUCAAUUGAAUAAUUCGACAUUUUUCAUCCUUAUUCUUAACUCUUAACAGUCGAAAGAUUCUAUGGUUGAUACUAUUAUAGUCACUUACAAUUAACGUGAAAGAGCGGAUAAAUAAAUAUGGCGAAAAGAAUGUGUUAAAGAUCUUUUUAUUUCACGUGAGCCUCAUUGCAAUUUAUGUUUUGUAAGAACAUCUGAAAUCUUUAUGGGAAUAAUAAUUUUUGCCCCCUUAAAAAAAAAGAGAAAAGAAAAAGAAAGAAAAAAAACGUAGGAAGGAAUGCGAUAUAGUUAGAAAAGCAAAGUGAACAGAGUACAUUUACUGAAAAAGAUUAUUUUCAAAAGGUUAUAGAAGAGGAACUUUUUGAAAAAAAGGUGACACGUUUAUUAAACCGUCCAAGUCAUCUUGCUGUCACCUCAUCAUUUUUGUUUAUCUUAAAAAUAACAAUGAGAAUAAUAUUCUCCGUUUACUGUCUCUUAGUUUUAUGUUUUCUUUUCUUCUCUCCUCUCUCUCUCUCUCUCUCUCUCUCUCUCUCUCUCUCUCUCUCUCUCUCUCUCUCUCUCUCUCUCUCUCUCUCUCUCUCUCUCUCUCUGUCUCUGUCUCUGUCUAUCUGUCUGUCUGUCUCCUUUUUUUAAAUAUUUUUUUAGAUUACAUCGCGGCAACAACGAGCAACGUUGAAACGGGCUUUCUUAGGAUACUAGGUCGUGGGUCCGUUCCCCGGUAUCACAAUUAAUACGAUGAAAUAUAAUAAGAUGAUAUUGAUUUUUACCGAAUAUUCCAUCGCGCAGAAUAUAUCAUCAGUGAUCACAUCGGUUUGCGUGAAAGGACGGAAAUUAUACAGGGCCUUAAAAAACUGAGUGUAUCGCAAUGUUUUCCUUAUUCGAAAGGUGAACUUAUUGGGGAUGAUUUUUGAUCUCGCUGCUUCGUGUGCAUUUUUUGAAUGUUUUCUUAUUUACAAAGGAAAAAAAGACGAUACGCGGCGUUUAAAAACGUCUUAUCCUCAGACAUUCAGUAUAUGGUAGCGAUGGUGGUCGACCCAUGCAUCUAGAAAGAUUGACGAUUAUUAGCUUUCGAAACACGAGUACCUUUGUCAUAUUAAAUGCUGAGCGCUGUGAUAUCGCGUACAUAAACAUUUUAGUGUUGUAAACGUAAAUACACAUAUUGUAAUGUUAACGAAUAUUAUCUCCUUUAUAUACGAAGACUGAAUCUCUCGCCAACUUAUGAAUAACAAGUUUAGCCAAGCACAGGUGACACGUUCAUAUAUCAUAUAUAUAUGUGUGUAUCCGAAUGCCUAUUUGUAUAUUAUUAGUUUACAAUAUCGUGUCCUACGCGGUGGUUGGACGUGCCAGUACUGUUAUGUUAGUUUGAUGAGGAGAAUGCGUGUUUAUAUUGUGCGUCGCACUCGACGAACGGAACUACUCAAUUCUGCAAUUCUCUCUUUGAGGUUGGGUCCAAUUUUGUCAGCGUUCAAUACUUCGUUAUAUACGGUGAUUCAUUGUUGAUUUUCGCGAUUCUAUUUUUAAAUUAUCCAUAAAAAACGUACGGAUCACGUAUAUACAAAGAAAAAGAAAAUAAAUAAAAACUACACGUUACAUUUGAAAAAAAAAGUAAAAUCGAAUACAUGGACGAAUUUUUAACUCCCAUUCGUAUUCUUCUUCGUGCUUCAUUCGAAUCUAUCGACACUAGUUGUAGGAUAGUUGGCAUACGAGAAGAAAGCAAAUGAGCUUUAAUUCAGUCCGUUCAAUGUAUCAAGGGAUAAUUAUUAUAAAGAAAUUAAAUAAUCGCAUAUUCUAAUAUUCUUUGUUAUAAUAUUUUAUAAAACUAAAUAUUCAUUUUGACGGAUGUUCAAAAGCAAUCUCAAUCUGAGAGGAUGCGGUCGAGUAGUAGUCUGUAAAAAGAAAAAGAAAAAAAAAAAAGAAAAAAAAACCGAAAAAAAAGAAAAAAAACAAAUAAACAAAACCAUGAAGUCUGGUAUUGUGAGACGGAUUAUGCCGGAUUUGCAUAUGCGUUAUCGCAGCAUUAGCAAUAGAUGUAUCAUUAUUCUUUUUAUAUAUAUAUUUUCCCUCGACAAUCUCGUUGGGCGAAAGUAAUUUGGGACAGAAUUCGCAUUGAUUAUAUAUUGAUCAUAUCCUUCUUUAUUUAUUUUUUUUUUUUUUCAUUUUUUUUUGUUUUUUUUUGUUUUGUUUAUAAUAAAUCCGUAGAAAAUCGUAAUACGUUAUGCAACGUAAAUAUAAUACCUCUUUCGCGAUAAAUUCACAAUGUUUAUUAAGAUGAUAUUGUUAUAACAGUUAUGAUCCAUCGAUUUUGUUAAUAAGGAGUUAGAGUUAUUCGAGAUUCAGACUAAAAAGGGGAUACAAUGUUGUUGCGGGUUAAGUUGAAUUCUGUCAUAGAAUCUUGCUCGGGAGACUACGGAUUAUCUUGUAAUCUAAAAGUAGAGAAAAUAUACAUAUACAUUUAAAUGGCAUUCCUUGUAGUUCGAACAUUUUAUAUUUAAGAGACCCUGAAACGUGCAGGGUAUUUUGUUAUCUACGUAGGUGUCUGCCUCUUCUUUUUUCUCAUUUAUCUUAUCCGUUCUCUAAAUUUUAGAGAGCAUCCCCUUUCUUAAACUAAGAAUCUGGGCACCCCCGUGAGCGCUUCUAAAGAGCAAAUUGAGUAGUCGAAGUGAUAAAAAUUAAGUGUCGCCGAUAAAGUUAUAAAAAAAAAAGAAGCGACAUUUCAUUUGCGAAAAGUAUAAUCGUAUUUUACCCGACCAACGAUUAAUACUACGUAACGUGUAAAAAAAAAAAGUAACGCGUUUUUCUUUGAAGAGCAUUAUCGUCGAUAUUUCAACUUAAAAUUAUGCCGAGCUUGGCAUUAUUUUCUUUCUUCCUGUUAAUGUAUUUUCUUGUGUUCGUGCUUAAUGAUAAUGAUAAUAAUUAGUGUUACACGAAUUAGUGAAAAGUAAUGCGAAAGAAUGGCCAAUUAGAAAGCUUAUCGAUGUUUUUCAAUAUUACUGGAUGAAAUUCUAAAGUGCUUGUGUGUUUCUACAAAACGAUUUGAGAUUGUAUGUGUACACCCUAUUGAGGUUAUUUAAUAACGAUAAUUUUAUCGUUAUGUAUGAUUAAUAAUAUAAUAAUUGAUAAAGGAAUAAAAUAUGUUACAGGAAUAGAUGAAAUUAUAAAUAUUGACUAUCAGAGUUCUCAAUUCCUAUCAUAAAGGUUCGAGAUUGGAAAAAUCUCACUUAUAUGUAAAAACACGUAACCUCAAUUUUUUCACAAAUAAAAAAUAAAUAACGCAAUACACUUAGAAUUUAAUGUGAUACUAAGUAAAAACAUCGGUUGAUUUGAUUUAUAGUUUAUCAACAUUCUUAACUAAAACGUUAAGAAUAAUCAUUAUCAUUGUUACUUUGUGUAUAUUAUACGAGUAUUAUACAGCGCCAAUGAUGUACAACACACUACCGUACAGACAAACACAUUUCGUUCUUUAUGUUAUUGUACGAUUUCAUAACGCGCCGAAUUAUUAAGAUUAUUAGAUUAAAACUUCGAUACGUAAUUUGGUGCUCUGUAGCAAAGCGAGAGCUUAUAGAAAUUUCUAUGUUUGAAAAAUACUCGCACUUAUCGCAUAGUAUAAUAAUCCGUUAAUUCGAUCCGUUCUUCUUUUUAUAUUACGUUUGCGCAUAUAAACGAAUAAUAUCGCCAUUAAGUUACAUUGAAAACUAAUUUCUUUGAUACUUUUAUUGUUAUAUUAUAUUUAUUUUCUUAUUUCAAUACACAUUUAAAUAUAAUUUGAAGAUAUAAUAGUUCGAUAGGUGAAAUGAAACCGAUCAUAGAAAAAUAUUAUUUUUGUUCGAUUUGAUCAAAAAUCUGUUAUCUGAUUUAUCAACCAAGUUACUCUAAUUUAUCUUGUGUAUUUCUACAAUUAAAAAUUUACAAAGAUGAAUAUUGUAAUAUCGUAAAAACUCCAAUGAGUUAGAAUAUUGUUUCUUUUUUUUUUUUUUUUUUUUUAUUCUUUGUUCUUUUUUCAUUUUAAUUUAACGUAAAUUACACGACUUUACGUGCGUUUAAAACAAAUUAACAAUUUUAAGAUGAUAUACAUAAUAUUUAGUUGGAAAGAUGUAUCAAGAAUGUUUGUAAAUUUAUACGGUGUUAUUGAUUUUCUUUAUUUAUAUUUUAGUCCAACAUGCUACUAUCAUUUGAUUUGUGUUUUUUUCUUUUUUUUUUUUUCGAUCAACAUAUACACGAUAUAUUUAAAUGAUCAUUUAAAAAUAUAUCGUGCAAAACAUUCCGCCAUAAAAUUUUAAUUGAAAAAUCAAUAACUUCGGUCUUUGUUCAAGCUAUUACUUUUCCUAUUUGUAUAAGUUUAAUAGAUUUAUUCAUUUUUACGCACGUAUCGCUUUUGUUGUUAUACUACUCGCUCGUAUGUAAAUGUGUUUCACUUUCAUAUAUUAUAUUACAUAUACUUUGAUACAUUAAAUUAACUUUCAAAUGUCCUAAAGUACGAUACUAAUUAAUUUAGUUAUGUAAUAUAAUCGACGAAAAGAAAACGGUACGAAGAAUUUCUUAAUGUGGCAAAUAAAUAUAUAUUAAAAUGAAAUUAUUAUUUAAAUAUUGAAAUAUAAUGUGCUAAGUUGUCGUACUAUGUAAAAAAAAAUAAUAAUAAAAAGAAAGUAAAUCUAUAUAAUAGAUAUGCGAGAAUAAUACUAUGAUAAAACUUGUACGUCAUAAGCAUUAUUUUCUUUCCGUUGUAAGGUCAAAAAUGUUAUGUAAAAAUUACGAAACAUUAAUAUGAAUCUAACGCAACGUUCUCUUAAAUAUAUAAACGUAUAUAAAAGCAACAUUGACAUUACACACAUACGCUCGUGGUUUUGUUUUUAUAUUGUCGACUUAUAUAUUCUUUGCAAAAAAAAUAUUUUCGAAAGUAAAAAUAAUUGAAAACAAUGUGUCGUAUGAAAGAUAAAGCGUAUCGUUGAUGUUGUUUAAUAAUAAAAGAAAAAAAAGUAAGAAUGCGAUUAUACAAUGAAAUCUGGGUGACAAAUAGAGAAACAAUUCAGUAUUUCAUUAAAAAAGUGCAUAACUUGCGCGUUUUAAAUAUAAAUCGAUAUUCUAGUCAGAAUUGUUUCAAUAAUUUUCAUGAAAAACUUUGCAACGUUUAAAGAUAGUGCUCAAUAUUACGAAACGCAAGUUCAUUUUUCUUUUUCAUAAUCAUACUGGCACUUUAAACACAUAUAAUAAUAUUAACUCGUGAUAUGUUGUUUUUUAAUAACGUAAAAAAUAUAAUAUUUAAAAGACCGUAACUUUAUUCAUUUAUAGUUAUAAUAUUGCAAAUAACAAUUACAAAUGAUACUACAUUUUUUUGUAUUUGAUAAUGUUUUACGAAAGAAAAUGAAAAUGCAUAAAAAAAGAAAAAAAAGGAAAGUGGAGUUUGAGCAUAAAUCAUCAAGUUUCGGCGGAAGCAGUAGUACUUAUAAUGAAAGAGAAAGUGGAAAGAAAACAGUUUAUUUAUUUCAUUUUUAUUACAAUCUAAGUUUAGUAAUAUAUUCUUCUCUUCUACACUAUAUGCAGUCAGAACAUACUACUUGAAUUAUUUACAAAGAAAUAGUCGAAAAUGAUGACAUUCAUUGCAAAUAAAUUGAAAAUGUAUUUAUACUUAUUCUUAUGCUAUCUAACAAGUAUUUAAUAAAAUUAUCAUCUUUGAGUUAGUAAAAAAAAAUAUAUGAUAGCUAAACAAAAAUGCAUGAAAAGUAAAACAAGUGAAAAGUGUUAUGUAUAUUCAGAUUCUCUUCUGUAGGUUUCAUUAAUGUGCAUUUCUUGUAUGUUAUACAGUAUUAUGAUAAAAAAAAAAUUAAAAGAAUAAACAUUCAAAUAGUAAA